ACCAAAGGUUAUAAAGUUAAUUAAAUCACAAAAUAGAUACAAUGACAAUUAAGGAAAAAUAUGAGUAAACAAGGCAAAAGAAAAAUCUGAUACAUUGGUAAUAAAAAGCACCAGAAGAUGGCUGCAAAAAAGCGCCAAAAAAUCUCUUCAAAUUGUGAUUUUAACCCAACUUAUGUCAUUCAAUUAAUUGUAAUCUCAAACAACAGCCCAAUGAAAGAGAAUUAAAAGUUAAUUUUUAAAAAAUGACACUGUUUUCCCGAUUGGAUCCAAAAAAAGUGUCUUUAGAACUGGACAGUCUUGAGAUCAAAACAGUAAUAUAAAAGGCUGGUUCCAGUUGCUUGCCGAAGGUGAAUAUAAAUGUAAUUUUGCUUGUCAUUGAAUCUGGAAAAAAUUGCUAUGAAAAAUAUAAUGGAUCAGAAAAAAAUAUUGAACAAUAAUCUAGUGAUAUUAUUAUAAAAAAUUAUCUCCAUUCAAAGUAUAUUGAAUUUUAAAUUUUUCGUUUAUGUCUCUUUAAACAAUUACUGUGAGAACCUAAACAGUACAAAAGAUGUAUUCAAGUUGAUUACUCUUUUUAAAUUUGAUCAAAGCUAAUAUCAAUAAAAACUAAAAAAACUUGAGCCUUUCGCUCAGCAAGGAACCAAAAAAUGUUGUACAUUGUACGGACCCACCGAAAUCUUAAAAGUCCCUUAACCAUCUUUAGACACAAAUAAAAUUCAAUAUUGAUGAAAUUAUUUCUUUUUUGUAUACAUUCAUUUCCCUGUGUGCUGAAAAACUGAAAAUUGCAGAUUUAAAUCUGGGCAUAUUUGGGUUUUAUUAUAAAAUUAAGAGUCAAAGGCGAAAUAGAAAAACUGGAGCGAGAAUUGCCGCAGAAAUUAGAAGCUUUGAUGUCAACUGGUGAAAAGAUUGAAAAACGCGUUUCGAUUGUUAAAAAUACAAAUUCAUCUAAUGAAAAUGAUCAAGAGGGUGAAAAUGGCCAGAGUGAUGAUAAUAUUGCUGAUGAAAAUAAUUCAUAUAAUUCAAUUUUCGUUUAUAUCUCUUUAAACAAUUACUGUGAGAACCUAAACAGUACAAAUGAUGUAUUCAAGUUGAUUACUCUUUUUAAAUUUGAUCAAAGCUAAUAUCAAUAAAAACUAAAAAAACUUGAGCCUUUCGCUCAGCAAGGAACCAAAAAAAUUUUAAAAGUCCAUAAACCAUCUUUAGACACAAAUAAUAUUCAAUAUUGAUGAAAUUAUUUCAUUUUUGUAUACAUUCAUUUCCCUAUGUGCUGAAAAACUGCAAAUUGCAGAUUUAAAUCUGGGCAUAUUUGGGUUUUAUUAUAAAAUUAAGAGUCUAGGAUUUAUGGCUAGUCUUAAGUCUGAUAAUUAAAUCCUUAAAAUUGUUUUUAACGAAAUGUUUUGUGAAAUGUUUAAACUUUUAGCUAAUCAGUCGAGGGGAAUUUAAAUUUUAAAAAGUGCUGUUUAAAGGGAAAGUCAAUCAGUAAACUUCACCAGAUUCUGGUUCUUGAAAUCAUUAAAUGGGAAAAUGAAAAUGAGCUAGACAGCUCAAACUUCAAAAUUAUGUCAAAUUUUAAAAGUAGACCCCUUUUCCGUAAAAGGGGAGCUGAAUUUUCUGGUUUUUAUAUUAAAAACUCGUAUCAAAUUCAUAAAUUUGCAGUGGAUGGACACAUCUAUAAAAGAGAUUCGGGAACAACGAAAGGAAGGUCGAGUAAAAUAGUGUUCAGGAUUUGGGCAUUGAAAAAUAAGGAAAAAUAAAAUAUGCAAUUGCUCUGUCAAACUUAUCUGCAGAGUGAGGAAGAAAAUAAUUUUAAUAAAAAUCAGUGAACAAUGGUCACGAUUUAAAUACAGUUGGUAGCCAAUUGAAAUGAUAAUUUUAAAAUUAAAAUUUCUUUUUCAACUCAUCAGUGAUUACAAAAGUGAUUUGAGCAAUUCUGAGUCGAUCUGAAUAAAAUUGAGUCCACGCUUUUGAUCCUUUCUCAAUAAAUUGCAUCUUUCAUCAAAAUUCAAAUUUCAAAGAGCUUGAUGAUUUAUACUUUUGUGGCAUCUCGUGUGAAUGGAAUGAAUUUAAGGAUCGCCGAUAUUUACCAGAAUUAGUGGUCUGGAUAUGGACACAUUAUAAAUCAAGUCAAUUAAUCUGAACUCAAUGGGAAUAAAAUUUAGUUACUGAUCAGAUUUCUUAGAGCAUUACAUUCAAAUAAUUUUAAAUACGCUUUGAUAUCACUUGCAGUUUGUACAAUUGUUGUCUGCUGAAUUUAUUAGUUCUGAUUUAUCUUUCGAAGCUUCCAGUUGCUUGUUGGUAAGGUACCUGAGCUUCAUGAGUAAGGAUCAUCUCAGCAGGUAAAGUCGUUGCUCUGAUUUCUUCCAAAGCCUCCCGAAAUGUUAUGCCCCAACCACCUAUCUCAGCUAAUAGUUUUUUACGAUACUGUGUGUUAAAUUUGAUUUAUGAAGUGUUGCAUAUUUAAGGCCAAAGAAAAUUAAAAAUUAAAUUUCUACCUCUGGGUUUAAUAUUAAAUUUUUUAAAUUCUGAAGACUCAGACGAGGAAACUUUAAAAAUGAAAAUUAGUUGAAACUUAGGCUUGUCCUCAUUUGCCAAAUUUAAAAGCGAUUGUCUCGUCUGACAAUCCCGUGAAUGAAGAUCUUUAUUUUAUCGUUUUUUAAUGUUUAGUAAAAUUGCGAGUUGACCUUCAUUGCACAUUUAUUUCAAUUGAUUCCAGCUGUUUGGAUACGACGAAAUCUUGAAAACAUUUUCACUAAAUUUCAAAAAUAGCAUCAUUAUUCAGUGAUUUUCUAACCUUUGCACCUAAUUUUAGUUUCAUCUCAUUUUAUUUAGCAUAUUUUGACAUCUAUUGAUCCCGUUUUACGCUUUAUGAAUUUGACUCCUGCAAUUGUCCCCUUUUUACAUCGCUUUUUAAAUGAGAGGAUUAACGCGUUUUUGGGGCAAAGAUGGUAAAUUUAAAUUUGAAUAUCAAGCAACUACUGAAAUUUGUAAAAUUAAAACACUCAAGUGAUUGUUCACUGGCAAUAUUUUUAAAUUUAAAAGCAUUUUCUUAUUAUUUAAAAAUUUAAAAAUCGAAUGUUUUUUUGUAAUUUUACCAGUAGUUUGAUCGAUUAUAUUACAGCCCAGAAGAACCUAUCAAUAGAUCUUAACUGCUCCAGUUGUUGCCCGAUUUAAAAGUUAAUAGUCUUAAUUAAAUUUCAUCUGAUCGUUUAUAAAAUUCAUUUUAUCAUUAUCUUUCUCACCAUAGGUUUCAGUUAUUUCACCGCAUAUAAUGGAAGAACAAAAUUUAAGAUUUGAAGAGAUUUCUAUCCACUACUAAAGCUAUUUUCAUGACUGCUUUUAAAUCAAGAUCGUCAAAUAUUCAGUAAAUGAUAAACUCUGUUCGUGACGAAAAAUGUAAGAAUAAAAAAGACUUAAAUUUAAAAUUGAUUUUAAAUAUUUUCACGGGUGAUAAUUGUCGUCAAGAUGACGUUCAAGUAACAAGAAUGUCACAAUCUUGAAAAUUUCAUUUUUUUCUCGAUUUUUUCUGAUGGUUAUUGUAGAUGUAAUUUAGAUCGAAGUGAAUUUUGAUAAUGAUUUAUUGAUUUAUUCAUUUCUCAAAAGAUCUGUUUGACAUUUGCAAAAGACUUCAUGGUAUGGAUUCGACGAGGAUAAAAUUAGAGAUUCAAUUGCAAAGUGACCUAAUAGUGGCCUUUAUAAAAAACUCUACUUUUUUCGAUUUUUAAAAUUAUUCCGUCUUCUUUUUUCGGAAUUAGAAGAUUCUAUUUCUUCUUCUCGACAUCUCUCUUUAAGUUACAGUGCGUUCGGUUGUUUUCGCACAAUUUAAAUUGUAAGAUGAAUUACGAUUAAAAUUGUCUGACGACAAAUUUAAUUUCGGUUUAAUUUAAAAUAAAAUUGAAAUUUAUUUUCAGAAAAUCGGCGAAAAAUAUUCCAGAGCCUUGGCCCCAUAUCCCAAGAGGAUUAGAACAUGAAAUUUCAGUUUUUAACUCUUAGUUGAAAUGCCACAAUUUGUUGUGUGUAAUACGCCAUCUGAAAUGUGAAAAUUUAAUUUUAAUUUCAUAAAAAUUCUCAAUGAUAAAUCACCUUUUAGCUUUUUUUGAAUUCUCGUUAAAAAUGGCUAGUUCCAUUAAAUCAAAUUUUAUUUAAUUUCAAAUCCCCUUGAAAUGUCCGGUCUUACUGAGUUAACCCUAGUCUUGACCAGUUUUAUAUUUAUUUAAGGAAUUGGAAAAGUCUUCAGAGAUUGAAAUUGAUAAGUGGAUCAGAAAUUUCAAAUUCAAAAGGACGAUAAGGGCGACGAAAGCCACGAGUUUAAAGGUUGAUUUAAUUUCAAGUUUAAUGGAAAUUUUGAAUUUUAAAAUUGAUGUAAUAUUUUGAAAGAUUAAUUGAUACUUGGCCAGACUGGGACAUCUUCAGUCUGCUUGCGAAUUUGCAGUAGAUAUUUACUGAUUCUUAUUCUUGAACUCAUGUUAUCGCAUGGAGAGAAUGCCAAAACUGAAUUUUAUUUAGUAUGUUAACGGUUUGCUACGACAAGCAAAAUGUCUGUUUAUUUUGAUGAUAACUACAAUUUAGAUCAACAGCUCAUUUUGAUCAUUUGUCAUCAAAACAGUUGUUAAUUAUGAAACUUGACUGUUCAGGGUUGGCCUUUUAUUUGUUUUUGAGUGAUCUUUUGAUAACAUUUUGAUGAUUUCAAGUUUAUAAAUAAAUCCAAUUUGUAAGCUUAUCAAAUCUUUACAAAUGCCAAAUGCCGGUAACUUUUAACUGUUGACCAGUAUUUUGGUUUAUUUGUUUGAAGAUGCUAUUAAAUCUAAUUGUGAUAUCGAGUCAAUUGACUUUCAAAUCUCAUUACAAUUGGAAUAAUUGAUAAGAUUCAAAAGAUCGCCGCACUUUAUUUGCUUGUCCAGUUCAAGAGUCCAAUCUUUUUAGUACAAACAUUUGGACGGAUUUGUCGCAAGAGAGGAAUCUUUACAUUUCAAUUGAUAUAUUGAUCAAAGUUGUUUCGUUUCAACUGUCAUCACAAAUUAUGGAACCAAAUUGUGAGAGUUUACCUUUAAACACGAUCGUACAUAUUGACAUCAAAGUGGACUCGACUUACAAGGGUAAAGAAGUUGAGGUGAAACCUAAAGAAGAACCCAAAGAAGAAGUCAAAGAUCAACCCAAAGAUCAACCUAAAGGUGAACCUAAAGAUGAACCUAAAGUAGAGUCUAAAGUAAAUCCUAAGGCUGAACCUAAAGAUGGAGAUAAAUUGGUGCGACUUGAAAAUGGUCAAUUCAUUCGUUCGAGUGUUCAAAGUGGCGAGAUCAAUUACACUGCCUGCUUGAACACAGUUCUUGCUCGACGACCAAUCAUGGUUAAGCUGCUCGAACCUGAUGCUAAGAUUUUCAAGGGUUUGAAUGAUGUUGUGCCUUGGGAUGAAACCCUUUUACCGCCUUUACCUGAAGAUCUAACACCUAAAGUGAUUGCUUCCAUUAAGAAGGGAAUGUCACUUGGAAAGUUGUACAACAUACCGAAGUCAACGCUAAAGGUAGUUUAUCCUCGACUAUCGACUGUCAAGAGUGAACGGCUGGUGCAUGAAAGAGGUUGGGUAAAGAAGAAAAUGUUUCGAUGUCCAUUGUGUCCCAAAGAUUUCCACAAGACGACUGCCGCGAGAGAUGCUUACACUCACAUUGAACAGUAUCACACCAAGAGUCUAGUUACUUGCACGAAGUGUCAACUUUCAUUCACCUGUCAAGACAGCGUUUUAAGACAUAAAGCUAGUAAACACAAACACUGUAAACAAACCACUGAGUAUACCAAAUAAUUUACUGAUUUAUUUAAAAUAAACUUUCCUUGACCUUAAAA